AUGCGGUCGCCGUGCUGCGCCACUUGGACGGCCGCGCGUUUUGGGGGAGUCCGGAGGACGCCUUUCCUGAUGGCGGGGACAGCCUGUGCCGCAUGGAUCGAUGCAGAUGAGACUGCUGUCGCGCCGGUUCAAAUGGGGAAUCCGAUGCAAGGCUCCGUCCGCUGGUGUGCGCUGUUGUUUCUCUCUCUUGUCGCUACCAGAGGCAUUGAGGCAGCAGGAGCUGAGCACCUCAUCGUGUCACCACAACUGCAGCGAGCGCACCUCAAGUUUCAGAACAUACUCGCAAAGGUGAAACUUCCAUCAGGCUCACCUGCAGCGAGGAGGUUGCUGCAGCCCAAUACUCCGCUGUGCUUUUGGGAUGAAGAUUCAUGUACGGCACGCUACGAAUCGAAUGCUCCAGAUUCCGAGUUCGCACAGGUUUUUACUGACUAUGAGACUUGCUUGAAGAUCUCCUCGAAGGACACCUGCCUUGAUGCUCCACAGUGCUACUGGGAUGAUACGUUCGUUGCAGAUUCGCCAACCUGUCUGCUGGAUCUCACUCGCAAAGUGAGGGACUGUCUUGACCCCCACUACAUGGUCGCAUUUCGGGCUGGCCAAUGCUCAUCGCUUUUUCUCAAAGCAAACUGCCUGUCCUUGCCAGGAUGCCAGUGGAGCGGAACAGAUGCAAAGUGUCAGGAAGAUCAAGCAGCGGUAAUUGAGGCAAUUAGCGCGAGUCCCAGGCUUGCCUUCGCCGCAGCACAGACUGCCAGGUGCCAGUUAUUCAACCCAUGCGUCUCGCCAUGUGGUGAAGCGGACUCGGGAGAAUGCAUUUACCGUCCGCUUGCCAACGCCACGGAAUGGUUUUUGCCAAACGCGACGUCCACGUUCUGCCAGUACAUGAAGCUGGGUUUCGGUUGUGUUUUCGCUCCUGCUGAUUCCACAUGCACAGGAGCAUGCGAGAUUGACGAAGAAGGAGAAUGCGAUCUGUCGGACAAGGGAGCCGUCGAAUUUCUGUACGGGUCGUCGGAGGCGGAGAAGGCCAAGUGGCUUGAUGCCGCUGAAGCUUGUUCCGCCAUCAAAGAUCCGGAUGAAUGCAGUUCCUUUACCGGCGGCAGGUAG